AUGGAAGCCUUCCAACUCUUGGCCCGCGGCGUUACUUUUAACAAGAAAAAAUAUGAAGCAGAUAUUUCGCUCUUCUCCAACGGCCAACGAGAGACACCACGUCCUGUGGCGUCUGGAGAGCUACCCGCCUCACUAGACUUUUUCAAAUAUGCCAAGGGAGGCACUCAACAAAUCAAAACUUCGGUGGCGAAACCCAUUGAAGCCUCGGGGUCUGGAAAUAACCAGCAAAUUCCAAGCAAGAAGCGAAAGAGAGAUAUGGAUGACUCUGACAGCGAAAUUGAACAUUAUCCAUCAAAAUUACCACACAGAGUUACUACAAAGGGUGAACGCGUGCCCGCCCGUGCGGAGACGUUCGUAGAGAUGCAGAAAAGGUUCUCUAUCGCCGGUAACGUCAUGAGGAACCUCGAUGGGUGUGGAUAUUCCGAACCUACAGCGAUACAGACCGUUGGAAUUCCAAUAUUAGCAGAGGGCCGUGAUCUCGCAGCAGUAUCCCCAACAGGAACGGGAAAGACGCUGGCAUAUCUUCUCCCUAUCUUUGCCCGGCUGAAGACGCCCGUCAGCUCGCAAGAGGAUAGACCCGGAGUCCGCGCAGUGAUUGUCGCUCCGACAAAAGAGUUGGCGGGUCAAAUUUACAAUGAAGCCCAAAAGCUUGCCCAAGGCCGAAAGUGGAGGAUAGUCCUUUUCUCAAAGGCAACAGCUGCAACGUUGAAGGAUCCCUCGGUGAGAGGGAAAGUCGAUAUCAUCAUAUCGACCCCCAUGAGACUUGUCGCCUCGAUACAAGCAGGAGAUAUCCAAUUAGACAGGGUACAAGUCCUCAUUCUGGAUGAAGCUGAUCGAUUGUUGGAUCCGGAAUUCGCAUCACAGGUCGAAGAAAUUGUCGGGUGCUGCUCGAACCCGGCCUGUCAGAAGGCUGUAUUUAGCGCUACACUGCCGGCUAAAGCCGAAAAGACAGUGUUGAAUAUGAUGAACGAUCCCAUCCGCGUGGUAGUUGGUCUCAAAGAUACGCCAUUACCCAAUAUCAAGCAAUCGCUAGUCUACGUAGCUCAGCCGGAAUCCAAACUGCCAACUCUCAUUCAGUACCUCACCUCCCCUUUGGGCUACAAACCGCCAGUGAUCGUUUUCACUUCGACGCAAGCACGGGCGACAUCCCUAUUAUCAGAGCUACUCCUUGCUGGUGUCAUGAAUGCCGAAGCCCUCCAUGCAGGCUUGACAAAGCACCAGCGAGAGGAAUGCGUAAAACGAAUACUCAAGGGCGAAGUUUGGGUGCUUAUCACGACCGAUGUGCUCGCUCGUGGAAUGGACUUUGGAGGGGUAUGCGGCGUGAUCAAUUUUGACUGGCCUGAGUCGGUCCAAAGCUAUGUUCACAGGAUCGGAAGGACUGGGCGUGCAGGACGAGAAGGGACUGCAAUCACUUAUUUUACAGACGAGGAUGCACCUUAUCUCAAGUCAAUCGCCAAUGUCCUCCUUCAAUCAGGCCAAAGUGUGCCCGACUGGAUGAUCAAACUUCCGAAGCCUUCGAAGAUGAAGCGAAAGCAAAUGGGACGUGCGCAACGAGAGCAGCCCUCUGUCGGUUUCAAAGGAGAGAACGUUGGGAGGUCGCUCGCCCUAAGGAAAAAGGACAUGAUAGCGGGUUCGAAGCGGCGAGCGGAGAAGGCAGAAGUCGGCUCUGAAGACGAAGAGGACUAG